AGUGUCUCGCCGACACAGACGCGAUGGGUACUCACUGGUUUUCCGGCAGAAUUGGCUUUAUAGAGGGAAUGUCGUGCCCAUCAAACACAUACGGAAAUGUCACACGGUACUGUGACAUGGACGGCCUUUACCGGGACCCUGUGUACAACUGUACACGGACCUCAAUCUUAGACGUAUACACCAAGUUUAUGUAUACGGCAUGGAAAGCAACCGAUAUACUAAGUAGAUUAGCCAAAGUAAUCAAUGACUCGAAUGAACAGCUCAUGGUCGGAGAUGUGGAAAAAAUACGUUUCAUUCUCCAGAAUGUCGGAAGUGAUUUGGGCCAGAGCGACAUUGAACCGGAAAAAUACACUGAUUUUUUCUUAGAUGUGGUUAACACACUUAUUGGUGAGAAAGCUGAAUCAACGUGGAAAGUAUUAGUAAAUCAGACAAGAAUUGGUGCCGAUUCAAUUGUUAGAUGCGUGGAUAAAUUUGUGAACAACAUGGUGACACAAUCGAACGGAACAAUUUAUAACCAUACCUUCAUUAAAUCGAACUUGAUUGCAGCAAUAUCAGAAACAUUGAACUGUUCCAUUGUAAAAUUCCCGGGCGAUACAUUGGUCGGUUACAGCAGGAACAGCGGCCACGAUUUCAAAGAGUUCCCUUUAUGGGCUAGCGGUCGCUCGAAUAAUAUACGUGCACCAUGCAUGAACUCCCAGGUCUACAGCGGGAUUUUUUAUCGAAAUCUUUCAAGUAUCGUUUCGUUGAACUCCGCAAUCGAUAGGAAAUGGCCAAAGAAUGUGAACGCGCCCGUGAUUUCCUUCGCCUAUUUAUCCAGUAAAUCUUCAGUUACACCAGUUAAAAAACCGGAUACACCAGUUGAAAUAUCAUUCGAAAUAUAUGAUCAAAGCUUGUCAGACCCUGUAUGUGCUUAUCUUCAAUUCAAUGAAAGCGGUGGUCCUAAUAUCUGGUCUACCGAAGGCUGCUCGCUGACUUCCUUUGACAGGAACACUGGCGUUGUGACCUGCACCUGUAGCCACCUGACUAAUUUUGCCGUGCUGAUGAGUCCGGCAGUACCGACGACAGCGCACGCCCACAGCCGUGCUUUAGGGUUGUUCUCUAUCAUAGGAUGUUCUAUUUCAAUGGUCGGCCUUUCCCUCACCGUCAUCGUUCAUCUUGUGUUCUGGAGAUCGCUCUCAUCAGACCGGACUGUUUUGCUGAUGAAUGUUUGCUUUAUAUUCUUCAUCGGCUAUCUUGUGUUUCUAACCGGAAUCGAGAAAACAUCAAAUUCGACUGUAUGCACAGCCAUUGCUGUUAUCCUGCACUACAUUUUCCUCGUCGUGUUCUUUCUGAUGUUAGCCGAGGGACUCAUGAUCACCUAUCUGGUGCUAAGCCCGUUCCGCAAACGGCGCAUUGUGGUGCCUUUCAUUAUUGCUGCAUAUGCCAUUCCGAUUUUGAUAGUUGGAAUUUCAAUGGGCGUCACACAGCUGAAAGGAUACGGCAACGAGUCAUUUUGUUGGUUGACGGUCGAUGGUGGUUUAUAUUGGGCAUUUGUUGGACCUAUCAUUUUAGUCGUCGUUGGAAAUAUUGUCAAUCUUGGAAUUAUCUUGAAGUUUGGGGUCUGUGGCAUUUCCGCUAUGGCAAAAAAAUCAGAUCUGGAAAAAAUCAAGACUGGCGCAAGGAGUGUCGGCGUGCUAACCCCCAUGUUUGGCAUCACGUGGCUUAUCGGCGUAUUUGCCGUCAAUGACGCGACGUUGGUCUUUCAGUGGCUAUUCGUCAUACUGAACUCACUCCAGGGUCUAAUGAUAUUCAUUGUGAAGUGCCCACUGGACAAAAAGGUUCAAGAUGCUUUCAAAGAGAAGCGCCGACGAUUCUUCUCUGUUGAAAGUAGUGCCUCAGGUGAACACGCUAAACACAAGACUGCAGAUGGAUCAAAGCAAACGGAAAGCUCGAUGUGAUACAUCGUUACAAAAGCGACAUCAAGUUUGAAGAAUAUUUUUGUGUAUAUUAUGUCACUUAUUUUGAUUGCUUAGCAUGUAUUCUGUAAUCAUUAGGAAUGUAAUUCAUUUAUGAUUGUGUUAUCUAUAAAGGGUUCGUAACAUUUGUAUUAGUAUGUGCGUUAACCUUAAAAGAUCCUAUUAGCUCUGUGUGGCGUUUGUGAUCGCUAAGUGCCCGUUGUUCAUCGUCAACAAUGGCAUAAGAACACUAUUUAGGUAGAAUUUAUUUUCCUAUUUGCAAGAAAUUUGUAGCAUUCUUCUCACAAUCUCUGUUUUGUGUGAACAUUGGUCACGUAGGGUAUAUUUCAGGUCAGUAGAUCAAAUUCAAAAGAACUUGAAUGAUCGAUCUACAGGCAUAUUUUUUUCAAAUUUUGAUCAAACUGAUCAGAAUACAAAAUACUAAGUUUAUUCAAGCUUGAUUAUACUUGGUUGGUAAGAACAUUCAAAUAUGUUGUCCCAGUUUACAUCAGCAAAGUUUGAAACUGUGUCUCAUGAGAUAAAUUGUAGGUCAAAUGUUCAAAUAAAUGACAAAAGCUCGCGAAUAGAGGUCACAUUUAGUGCACACUGUGCUCUACACUUAAAAGAACAUGUAUCCAAUAGUAUAUUUGCCGGGUAAGACUGGGGCACUAUGCAAAAAUUUAAAAUAAAGCUUUAUCACACAUGGGGUCAUACUUAUUUUUGAUUUUUUCUCAAUCAUGAUAUAAAUCUAGCUUAGAAAACAUGUUCUACUGAUUCUACACCGUAAAAGAAAUGUUUGCGAUACAUUAACAAUUAUGAAACUGUGUCAUUUCCUUUUUUUGCUAUUGUAAAACCAUGUUAACACUAUAGACGCCAUAAUAUUUUUCCCAUGAGGUUACUUGCACAGAAUAUAACAACAGUGUAAUGAUCUAUGAGUUGAGUUCAAAAGGGAUCGUCGGGUGUUCCUGAGUUUGCUUUUGACGUCCAGUGACCGCUUGAAGAUUGACCGGGGGAAUAUCGAAUUUUAUAUUAAGAUACAAUACCUGUACAUCUGCUUGAUUGCAAAGAAGACGAUGCUUGCAGAUAUUACAGUGUGUUGAGCUAGUUUAUGUAUUAGAUAUGUAUGAAGUAUUUUUGAUACGAUAUCAUUUUAACAUCACAAUAAUUGUACCGACCUUACACGAUUUUAGCAAUAAUCUCAUUAUAUUAACAAUAUAGUUCUGUGUAUCUUGAGCUUUUUAUAAUAAAGACAAAAUGUA